GACAAGCGGUUUUCGUCUCGUCCUCGCCAGUUCCAGGUCCUAAAUGGCGGUCAAAGUGUACCAACUUGUCGGAUUAUCUCUUCAGCCAUCUACUGUCCAGGUGAGAUACAUGACUUAUGAUGUAGAAUAAACUUACAGCGAAUAAGGAAGCGAGGUAACAGCAGACCACUCGAUGAUGUAAACAUAGGCACACAAGCUAGUGAUCAUGGCGCUGCUAUAAAUAGUGUGUCUGCGUUAGCGCUUAUAACAAAAAUAUUACUAAUACUUGGUUAAUAUUUAAGCCACGAAAUGUAAAUUAAGUAUUGUUGCCGCAUUUUGAAAGGUUAUUUAUUGAAUUUUAUGGGCGAAAUAGAGGACCUCAAAUUAGCUCCGCUGUAAGCGAACUUUAAUUUAUUAUUCAGAAUGCAUACAAAAAAAAUCCAUCUGUCGUCAUGUCUUUCAUAAUGAUUGCGAACGAUAGGCAAAGAUUCCAAACAAAGUGCAGUUCCCCUUUAAACUAAGAGUAAGUAUUUUAUUUUGAAAACAAGGAAUUUCCUAAAUUAAGCAUCCUUGAGGUGUUGCAGAAUCUUGAAGCACGAUUUUCUACGUGGCAAAACCAAAAAUGUCUUAUUUGAAUGUUUUUUCCUCCUAAAUUUUAACAUUUUUAAAUGACAAUAGACAAAAUACAAUUACUCAUUUUAAAAUUAAGAUUUGCUGUAACGUCCGGCCAUCCAUCUAUUUUCUACUGUUUGUCCUUUUUGGGGUCGCGGGGGGUGCUGGAGCCUAUCUCAGCUGCAUUCGUCAAUAACUGAAAAUAAUUAGUUAAUAGUUCUUAAAACUAAGCACAUUUCUAGAAAUAAAACGUUUAAUUUUGGCAAGUGGCAAUUUAUUUGCAGUGCUAGUGGCCAAUACUACUGUAGAAUUGAUAUUUUUAGUUAAUUUGGGCCAUUUUAAAACUUAAAAAUGCUUAAUUUAGGAACCCAAAAAUGUGAGAACAUGCUUUAAAAAAAAAGGAAAAUACAUAAAAAAUGUGCAAUGUGGUGAAGCAAUGCAAUGUUGAAGCUGCAAUAUUUGAAGCCCGAUGUAGCGAAGGACGACUGUACAUGCUAUUUACAUUCUGCUCAAUAUUUAAUUAGCUUUGGCACUGUAACGAUUGAUUUUGAUGACCAGCUAAGGCCUUAAUUGGAGAUGACCAGUGUCUUGUCGAGAGGAUUGUACGUGUCCAAAACACAACAAAAACAACACAUUUUUAGGUAACAAGUGUCCAGUAAAAGCUGCACUGAGAAAGAACCGCCAUGAAUGUGACGGACGUCUACCAGGGGAUUUCCAUACUUCACUAUGGAGGCAACAUGUCCUACAACGGCAGCAUGGGAGUGCUGAACACAUCCUCUCCUCUCAACAAAGCCAUCAACAUCCUCUCCAUCCUCCUCCUCUUCAUCACCAUGACAUCUCUGGGAUGUACGAUGGAGAUUUCCAAAAUCAGGACCCAUCUGCUGAGACCUAAAGGGGUCGCCAUCGCCAUCGUGGCCCAAUUCGGAAUCAUGCCUUUGACUGCGUUCUGUCUUGCUAAAUUACUGAAGAUGGAUUCCAUUAAGGCUGUGACGGUGCUCAUAUGUGGCUGCUGUCCUGGAGGAAACCUGUCCAAUAUCUUUGCUUUGGCCCUCAAGGGAGACAUGAACCUCAGCAUAGUGAUGACCACCUGCUCCUGCAUUGCAGCUCUGGGUCUGAUGCCCUUGCUUCUCCUAGUCUACUGCCAGGGCUUCAGCGGCCUGGAGAACGCCGUGCCCUAUGUCGGCAUCAUCACAGCUCUCGCCUUCACCCUGGUGCCCUGCGCCAUGGGCAUCGCUAUCAAUCACUACAAGCCAAAAUACACUCCGGUGGUCUUGAAGUCUGGUUUAGGCAUACUGAUCAUCUCCAGCGUCAUCUUGUUCACCUUGUCUGGCCUGGCCGUCAAAGACAUUCUGUGGAUGAUCCUCACCGCUGAUGUUCUGACUGUGGCAGCUCUGAUGCCCUUCAUAGGCUUCGUGCUGGGAUUCGUCAUGUCCACCAUGUGCAGACUCAGUCCAAAAUGCAGCAGAACCAUCUCUGUGGAAACGGGCUGCCAAAACAUCAACCUGUGUGUGGCCAUUCUGAAGGUGGCCUUUCCUCCGGAGGUGAUUGGGCCCAUGUUUCUCUUCCCUUUGCUGUACUACAUGUUCCAGUGUGCCGAGGCUCUCUUUUUGACCGUGUGCUUCAGAUCGUACCAGAUGGUCAAGUCACCAGAAGACAAGAAUGUGUACGUUCAACAAGACGAAGAGAAACAACCUAGGUGUCCGACAAGUUUGGAAGCCAAACAUGACAAAACACUUAGGAUCCCUGUCUCGGAGUGACACACUUUAAGUGCUACAAUAUAAAAGUAAAACUAUAAAGUAUUGUAUUUUUUCAUUAUGUCCAAUUGUUGGGUAAAGGAUUCAAACUGUAA